ACCAAGAUGGCCUCCAGGAAGCAGCAAGCACCGGCUCCAUAGUUUAGCGUGACACUUUCCUCCAGGUUGUGGAGGACAGGAGGGAUGCGCUCUUUCCAAGGGAUGGGAGAAGGAGGCCCAGCCGAUGCAGCACAGCGGCCUGGGAGGAGGUCGCCCGGUGUUCAGUGCUACAGGGGUGCAAGGGAGAAGUGCCCUGCAGUGUAGGAAACGUGUGAACAAUUUAAUCUGUGCCACCAAGAAAGAAACUAAAAACUUCAUGAUCUGAAGUCAUGCACUGCUCUACCAGUAGAAUUACUCUGAAGAAGAUGUGGAAAACUUUGUCUGUCUUCUUUUUAUUCGAAUCAUUGUCAGGUAUUCACAGUGCACCAACUAUUUCUGGUGUGAACCCAUUGAAUAUUGGUCUUCAGGAAGAUGCAGUAAUCCAUCAUCUACUCACGACAAUUACAGUUGCUGUGCCUGCAGGCGAUAAGUUAGUUGGUGCUCCAGUAAUCAUUAAUGCUGAUCCUGCUAAAUAUCCAUUUCAAAUAAUUCCAAAUGUAACAAAUAAAUGGGAUCUAGUAACAACCAGCAGUCCAAAGUUGGAUUUUGAAAGCAUUCCACGCUACACACUUCAACUGCUUGUAACAGAUGAGAAAGGCAGCUCUGCUUCUCAGACCAUCAUAAUAAAGAUCCUUGAUGUAAAUGAGCCACCCAUCUUUCUGGGAACUUUGGCUAAGCAAGGUGCUGAAGUUUAUAUUGCAGAAAAUACUGCUGUCAAUACUGUAAUAUAUAAAGUUGCAGCAAAGGAUCCAGACAAAAAUGAUGUGUUAAAGUACUCGCUAUCAGGCACCACAGACUUUCAGAUAGAUGCUACUGGUUCCAUAUAUGUAGCAAAUACACUUGAUUAUGAAAAUGCAACAAAGAGAAGCUAUUCGUUGUCAGUGAAGGUAGAGGAUGCAAACGGUCUGUUCAUUACUGGAGUUGUGAAAGUGUUCAUCAUCAACGUCAAUGAUAAUAGUCCAGUAUUAUCUUGCAUUUUCAAAAAUAGAACUAAUGGCACAGAAACUGAUGUGGUAGAAAAAUCUGACUCAGGGAAGACAGCAAUUAUAAGCCUAGAUGAAGAGCUUGCAGUUGGAACGAUUGCUGCAAUUUGCACAGCUACUGAUGCUGAUGUUAUGGGUGACAUCACCUACCAGCUUGACCCUGCAAGUCAUUAUUUUGCCAUCGAUAAAGAUACUGGGAAAGUAAUGGUUUUCUCCUGGAUGAAUAGGGACCUAAAUGGAUUUCAACAAGUUCAAACAUUCUCCGUUAAAGCAUGUGACGAGAACUUGAAGUGUGCAGAUAUUCCUGUCAGGGCAAAUAUUAUUCCACUUAAUGACAAUGCCCCAUUUUGCAAUCCAUCUGUUUACAGAGCUACAUUUCCUGAACUACUCCUUCAUGAUACAGUGGUUGCCACUUUAAUCUGUAUGGACGCUGAUGUCCCAGGUGAUACAUUAACAUAUGUUCCUGAAAGUGGUCCCCUGGGGCCUGGAAUGACAUUUGAGCAAAAAGCUGGAGCAGCUAACAUUAUACAGGUGGGAACCAAAGACCUGGAUUAUGAAGAUGUGGAGGUUGCUGCUAUGGGUUAUACAUACAAAAUGACAAUAGCAGUAUCUGAUUCAACUAUUCCUACGCACACCGCAACUGCUACAGUGAUCAUAGGAAUUACACCUGUAAAUGACUUUAGCCCCAAAUUUGAGAAGGAUCCCUAUAUCUUUGAUGUCCUUGAAACAGAGGCAGCAAAACACAAGAUUGGGAAAGUUAUUGCCACAGAUGACGAUUUUCCACUGAAUGCAGUGACUUACAAAAUAAUUUCUGGAGACUCACAAGUUAUAAAACGAUUCUGGAUUGAUCCAGAGGAAGGAACAAUAGAGCUGAUUACACAACCAGACUAUGAAUCUGUCCACCGGUAUAACCUCAGUGUGGAAGCCAUUGACAGUGACCCUAAUCAACCUAGAACCGCAGUGACCACGGUCAUCAUCAAUAUAAUAGAGGAAAAUGAUGAAAAACCUGUAUGUGUUCCACGUACAUAUAAAGCAACUAUCCUUGAUAAUAUUGCUGUUGGAACUAAUAUCAAUAGUUUCAGAUUAAGCUGUCAAGACAGAGAUUCCCUGAACAAUGAGAUGCGGUUUGAGAUUGUAUCAGGGAAUGUGAACAAUCAUUUUGGUUUUGACCCUAUCCGUGGAUCUCAUGCUCCUAAACUGAUAAUCAGAGCUCCCUUUGACUUUGAGGGAAAAGAAGACAUUCAGCAGCAGUAUCAUCUCAUUGUCAACAUCAUUGAUGACAAUAUUAGGAAGGACAAGCCAAGGACAGGAACUGUGGUGAUUGACAUUACUGUGAUUCAGACAAGAACAACGCCUCCAACGACAACAUCCUUUUAUAAGAGAAAAGGACUAACUGUUAUUAACACUGCUGUGAAUAUUUACAAUCAAGCUGACUGGUAUGUCCCCUUCAUUGUUACACUGCUGGCAAUCCUAUUGGCUCUCCUCUUUGCCUUGGGUCUGUUCAUUAUUUUGAAAUACACUAAAUGUGUGGAAGUCUGCCGGAAGGCAUGGACCAGAAAGCCAAAACCACAACCACCAAAAAAAGUGAAGAUUCACUUACCAGAACCUAAGAAAGAAAAAAUAGAAGUUGUAACAGAGGUGACUAAGUAUGAUACUGUUUUCAAUGGACAAGCAAUUGAUCCAGUUACAGGGAGGUGGUACGAAUACAACAGUGCAACAGGAGCAAGGAAGUGGAAGGAAGCAAAUGAGUCAAAUGGAAACAUUGCGCCAGAAAAAGCCAAGCCGGAGAUACCUCAGGCACCAAAAGAAGAUGAAUUAUUCCAAGGAAUAAAAAAGGAAAAUUUUAAGUAGAAGUAUACCCUCAUAGUUAACAAACAUUUGCUCACUUGUGCAAUCUGCACAAUUCUGUUGAACAAUUUACAGUUUGAAUUAAUAAGUACAUAGAGCAUUUUGUUCAGUGAUAUAUUUUGAUUAAAACAGGAAUGGAUUUUGAAAUGUGAUUAAUAUCACUGAUCUACAACAAAUGAAUGCAUAAAACUUUAAUCUUCAGCCCACAAAAAUAUUUUAUUCUAAUACUCUAAGUACAUUAGAAGUUUGCAGGAAUGUAAAAGACCUCUUUACAAUUAAUCACAAACUUAAUAUUUAAAAUGUUUUACAGGGCAAUGAAAAUAAAGAAAGUUUAAUGAAUGAAUAAUAAAAACAACUUCCUUGUCA